AAAGAUCGUUUUAUCCUUGCUAUAAAAGCUGACCUCCCUGUACCUGCCACAGCCUCUACUGGCGGCCACAGCUGAAACCCAGCGCCAGGCAGGAAUUGCUCAGCAUCAUGUCGGAUGAUUUCCUAUGGUUCGAAGGCAUACCUUUCCCUAACACAGGUCUACAAACUGAAAUCCUAAGAAAAGUUCAUGAUGAGUUCGUGAUAAAGGAUGAAGAUGUAGUAAUAGUGACUUACCCCAAAUCAGGAACAAACUGGUUGAUUGAGAUUCUCUGCCUGAUUCACUCCAAGGGGGAUCCCAAGUGGGUCCAAUCUGUGUCCAUCUGGGAGCGCUCGCCCUGGGUAGAGAGUGACAUUGGGUAUAAAAUGCUAAGUGAGAAGGAGGGCCCACGUCUCAUCAGCUCCCACCUCCCCAGCCACUUAUUCCCCAAGUCUGCCUUCACUUCCAAAGCCAAGAUCAUUUAUCUCCUCAGAAAUCCCAGAGAUGUUCUCGUGUCUGGUUAUUUUUUCUGGAAACAAAUUACGUUUGUUAAGAAACCAAAGUCAUGGGAACAAUAUUUUGAAUGGUUCUGUCAAGGACAUGUGAUAUAUGGGUCAUGGUUUGACCACAUUCACGGCUGGAUGUCCAUGAGAGGGAAGGAAAACUUCCUGUUACUGAGUUACGAGGAGCUGAAGAAGGACACAAGAAGAAAUGUGGAGAAAAUCUGUCAAUUUCUGGGAAAGACACUAGAACCUGAAGAACUGAACUUAAUCCUCAAGAACAGCUCCUUUCAGGCCAUGAGAGAAAACAGGAUGUCCAAUUAUUCCCUCCUAAGGGUUUAUUCUGUGGUGGACAAUCCACAACUUUUGAGAAAAGGCAUAUCUGGGGACUGGAAAAACCACCUCACAGUGGCCCAAUCGGAAGCCUUCGAUAAGCUGUUCCAAGAGAAGAUGGCAGAUCUCCCUCGAGAGCUCUUCCCAUGGGAAUAACGUCCGAAACACUCUGGGUCUUAUAUAGAUGCUGACAUGUGUCCCGCUAUCCUGUACAAGUGCCUGACUGGGGGUCAUCGCCUAAGACUUCCUGCUUUAUCCUGAAUCCAUAAAUAUCAAACCUCUGCAUCUCUGA